AUGGAGGCGCGCGGUGAUGGCGCUAAGGCGAGGGAGGAAAAGGAACCGGCGGUUGUGGUGGCCGCCGCUGCCUUUUCCGACGGGGAAGAAAGCGACGAGGCCCCAGAGGAGGUGACUUUCGAGAGGGCGCGGGAGGCCGCUGCGGAGGAGCGCCGGCUGGCGGGGGAGCGCGCCCGCAGAGAAAAGGCCUUAUUGAAAGAAAAGAGACGACACAGAGAAGAACUAUUUAAGGAACAAAAGAAAAGAAAGCUGCUUCCUGAAAACGUCUUGGAGGAAUUAGCAUCCACACCCAAAAGCACAAAUCAGACAUCUGAUGAGCAAGAUCAGAAUGUUGAAGAUGAAGUUGAAAAUCAAGAAGAUUCAGAAAAAGACUCAAAAGAAGAAAGUUUGGCGGCAAGAUGCCCCCCAAAUUAUAUGGCUGUACGGUUAAAAGACCAGGAGCUAACCAAUCAACAGCAACAGGAAGCCAAAGACUUUAUACAAAGACAGCUUUAUGGAGCAAGCUGCAAUCGAACUACUGCAAAUCAAUAUUUUUCUGUUGAAAGCAAGAAGAAACCAGUUAAAAAAGCUGCGAUCCAGUUUGUGAAUAAAUCUUGGGGUAAAGUAAAAAAAGAAAAAGCUACUCGGUUUACAAAACAUUGGGUAUCUUCAAAAAUAAUUCCCUGAAAUAUUUUGCUGUUGCUUAUGUACAAUAUCACUGCAAAAUGUCUUGUAUUUGAAUUAUAUAAUGUCCUUGCUAUUGUUUUAUAUAUUGUUAACAUUUUUAUGAUUUCUGUUUUCAUUUAAGGAGAAUUAAAAAGGAUAACCUAAAUUAGGAUCUUGCAAUGUAUGAUCCAACUAAAAGUAAUUUUAUCUGGGUCUUUUGAACUCAAGUUACACUUUUGAUUGAAUGAGAGAUUGGUUUCUUAAAUAUUUUUGAUACUCUUUUUCCUAAAGCACUUUUUAACAUUGCCUCUCCUACAUUCGUAAAUUGACUUACUAAUGUACCCAGGGCAUCUUUUUGGAAGUACAUUUCAGUUGUAAAAAGAAGAUAUAUCUUGAAAUAAUGUGUAUAUAGGUUUGCAAAUAUGGGAAAUAUUACACAAAACAUUGAAUCUAGUUUUCCUGAAAAUAAUUCCCAUGGAAUUGGUAAAUGUUCCAACAAGUAGGCUUUCUAGGUGCCUAUGGGAACCAGAAGCAAGAUGUGAGUCAGUAGGAAUUCCUAAUUCAUUAACUGCCUGUCCCUAUGGCUCACUUACUAGGAGGAGAGGCAUAGCCAAAUGGUCCAAUGCAAGAAGUCAGCAGAGAAUACUUACAAUAGGCAAUGGUAUAGUUAUAAUCCAGUCCUGAUUUUUUUUAGGAGUCAACACCAACAGCAAAGCAGGUCCAAAGGAUUUAUAGAACGCUACGCCAGAGCAAAAAUCAGGUUGACAGGGAAUUUAUUUCAUGUUUGGCUCCUUUCCAGUAAAAAAAAA